UUUAAAUCAUGAAGAUCCUCUCAUUCAUAUCAUUUUUCCUAUAUUUUGGGAUUGCUUUAGGAGGAUAUAGCUUAAAGAUUAAUGAUAACAUUGAGGUUAAAGCAAGCCUCGACCAAACCAAAGAAAACGUUAUAUUUGAUAUCAUAAUGCCUCAAAACUAUUACACAGCAAUAGGAUUUGGUACUUCUAUGUCAGGAGCUCCUAUCAUGGUUGCAGAUGCAACUGGAGAGAAUUUGACUGAGACUCCUAAGAUUUAUGAUACUUAUUCGGAAGGAUAUGAUAUUCCAAAAGAAAAUAUGGAGAAUUGGUAUAAAUUACUCAAAGCAGAUUUACAAGAAAAAAAAUGGCAUCUCUCUAUCCAGAGACCUCUAUACAUUGUUAGAGAAGGGAGAGAUGAAACUAUCAAACUUGGAAAGAAGAUAGAUAUGAUCUAUGCUUUUAAAGAAGGAGAGUAUGACUAUCAUGGCAAUAAUCAGAGAGGAUUUUUCUACUUUGUAGCAAAUCCUAAAACUGGAGCAAUAAACUUCAAUCAAUUCGAAUCAGAUUCAGAUACAUAUUAUCGAGCUCAUGGAAUUAUGAUGUACAUUUCCUGGAGUAUCUUGACUUUUCUUUCCAUUGUCACUGGAAGAUACAUGAAACAUUUUUACAAUUGAAGACUUAUUAUUCAUGCUACCUCGGGUUUAUUUAUUACUACAAAUACAGGAAUUCUUGUAAUAUUAGCUCUAACAACGUACAAUACAGGUUCAAUUCCUCAGCUUGCUCACAGGCAAAUAGGGAUUGCAGUGACAGCUCUUACAUUAGUCCAAUCGAUUGGGGGAAUCUUUUCAAAUUUAAUCUUAACUUCUGAGACUAUCAGCGAUAUUUGGAGUCACAGAACAAGAGCUUUCCAUCGUGUUUUAGGAUAUCUCCUUAUCAUGGUCUCCAAUUACCAAGUUGUAACUGGGCUAAUCAACUACGAAUCUUCUGUUCUUAACUUGAUUUAUAUACACUUUGCUAUUUACCUUAUGAUCCUUUUCCUAUUGGAGAUGUGAUACAGAUGGAAUUCUCAAUCUAAAAAUAAAGGAGUUCUGAGGAAAAAGAACCUUCGUGAAUUCACUCAUUCAGAAGUAACGAGGAUGGUCAAUAAUGGAAAACAGCUUGUACUUUUUAACGACUAUGUUCUUAAUAUUAGCCCAUUUAUUGAAGAACAUCCAGGCUCUACUUAUGUUCUUAUUGAAAAUUUGGGUAAGGAUAUUGGGAAAUACUUCUAUGGAGCGUAUUCAAUGUCUCCAGGGGUUGAUCCACACACUCAUUCCAGAUAUGCAGCUGAUUUGAUGGAAGAAUUUGUUAUGGGCAAAUUAAAGAUUACUGAAGUAAGCAAUAAGCAAGGGAAUACUUUAAAUUAUACUGUGAAAGAUGCCUUAAAAUUCUCUUCUGAAGAAAAAGAAGAAAAUAAAGGCAUGGGUGAUUUGAAACCAGUGGCUGUCAAAGUUAAUGACAAUGAGUUUAUCUUGAUGAAUAGACAGGAAAUCUCAAAAGGAGUUGCCAGAGUGAAACUUCAGAAUGCAAACUGUAGGGUAAAGAAGUUUUAUCCUGGCUUAUCUCUAUCUGGAAAGAGUUGGUCUCUUACUUCUCUCCAGAACCAUACAAGUAGAUACUAUACUAUUUGUAAUUGCAUGUCUACAGCUAUUUAUGAUGAAUAUCUUACCGUAAUAAAUGCUACUCUGAGAGAAGAGGAGUACUCUCGAAAAUACAGCUCGAUUGAAGAUUACGCUGAAGUGACAGAAGAUAACAUUGAGCUAAUUAUGAAGCUUUACCCUGAAUCUAAGGAUGGAAUCACAAGACAGAUUUUCAACAGUGUUCCCUCUGAUAGAUACUACAUUCAUGGUCCUGUAGGCAAUGGACUUAGACUGGAUAGAUGGAAUUCGAAAGGCUCCAAUUUGAUUUUCUGAGGAGGGACUGGUAUCUUGCCUUUCAUGGACCUCUUCGCUUUCAUGGCUAGAAGAAUCCUUUCAGAGGACGCACCAUCUAACGCUCUCUUCCCUGAUGAAGACUUCUAUCAUCUUUCAGAGAAAGCCAAGUUCGUUGUGUAUGCCUACUUCACGACCAGAGAAGACGCCAUCUGCCUCGAAAUCUUGGAAGCCAUCGAGAACCUGUACAAGAAGUUCAAAAAAGGCCACAUCUUCAAAAUGAACCUGAUCUUCACCCAAGAAGGAGGCAGCAAGCUCGAAGACGACGAGUUGGUCGAACUCCUCAAAGACUACAAGUUCGCGAAUAACGGCAUCAACAAGCUAUUUGUGUGUGGGCCUCCGAGGAUGAACUACCAAUUCCAGAGGUUGCUUCCACAGAUAAAGGGAGAGGAGAUCGGACUAGCUCCGGGAGAUAUCGAUAUUUUAUAAUCUGCUGAAGCUUCA